AAAAGAUUGGCGACGAAGCAAGGAACGCACCCCGAAUCCCAACUCCUGUGUCCGCCAUCGCCUCGUGGCGGUCGCUCCUGCUCCUGCUGCUGCUGCUGCUCCCCCAGCCGCCCCCGCCCGGAGCACGCCGCCGGCGCCGACGUCGGCGCGUCGCAUGGAUAUGGCCCCCGCGUCUGUCUACUUCAACCCGCGCUCGGUCGAGGAAAUCUUCAAGGACUUCUCCGGCCGCCGCGCGGGGCUCGUCCGCGCCCUCACCUCCGAUGUGGACGAUUUCUGCAGAUUGUGCGACCCAGAUAAGGAGAAUUUGUGUCUCUACGGCCUUCCCAACGGGAGCUGGGAGGUGUCGCCGCCGGCGGAGGAGGUUCCUCCGGAGUUGCCCGAGCCGGCGCUCGGCAUCAACUUUGCGCGCGACGGCAUGCAGCGCCGCGACUGGCUCACACUCGUCGCCGUCCACUCUGACUCGUGGCUCAUCUCCGUCGCAUUCUUCUACGGUGCCCGCCUCAACGGCAACGACCGGAAGCGCUUGUUCAGCAUGAUGAGUGAUCUUCCUUCCGUCUUAGAAGCAUUCGCGGACAGGAAACACGGCAGAGAUAGGUCUGGGGUUGAUAGCAGCGGCAAGUCCAGACACUCAUCAAAGAGAGGAAAAGAUGGCCAUGCCAAGAGUUUCAGGGCAGCAGCUCCUGCCGCCAAGGAGUAUGACGAAGACGAUGACGAGGAAGACGAGGAGGAGCACACGGAGACCUUUUGCGGAAGCUGCGGCGGCCUUUACAACGCGAGCGAGUUCUGGAUCGGCUGCGACAUCUGCGAGCGGUGGUUCCACGGCAAGUGCGUGCGGAUCACCCCUGCGAAAGCGGAUCACAUAAAGCACUACAAGUGCCCGGACUGCAGCUCGAAGAAGAUGAGGCAGUAGGUGUAGGUCCCCGCGUGAUCUGACUGACCCGUGUGAUCUGAUCCAAACCAUAACUCCCUCCGUUUGUUUGUCUCAAGGUCGCAGCUAGCAGAUGUGAAUUCCUUCAUUUGUGGGGCUUGUUUAUGUGGUGGUAGGAAGAGGCAAAGGACUGAUAGAUAGAGAUACAUGACCGUUUUCUUUUAUAUAUAUUCGUUGUUCACCGUUU